AUCAAUUUUCUUGUUCCAUAGAAAUACGCAAGAGAAUCUCAUGUAAAUCAUCUCCCUCUCCCGGACCAUUGAAUCUGAGCACCUCGAUCAGGAUUUUGGUUUCCGGCGACUCAGGUAGCCGGGAUUCUGACCAGGGAGGAGGGAGCUUCAGAUCAACCAACAAUGGCGGAGAAAUAUGAGAAGACCCAAUAUUGCAAUGGGGAUGAUGACCGUGAAAGUGAAAGUGAAAGUGAGAGUGAGAUUGAGAGCGAGAACACCCACAUUGACCAAGAAACCGAUGAAGAAGAUGAAAGCACUACUUCUUCCGUUGAAAUGAACCACAAACAGAAGGCGGCUCUGUUGGGACUCCGGUGCAAGGUGGAAGACGCGAUUCUCGGGAAUUAUCUUCUGGGUAGGCCAGGAAAUAUAGCGAAAGAAAGAGAAAAGACAAGAGAACAGCUUCGAGAAAUUACCCUUUGGGGGGUGCCUUUACUGCCGACAAAAGGCCACGCAGGGACCGACGACGUGCUUCUAAAAUUCUUGAGAGCCAAAGACUUCAGGGUUCCCGACGCUUUCGAGAUGCUCCAGAAAACCCUGAAAUGGCGGACGGAAUACCAGGCCGACAGAAUUCUCGAAGAGAAAUUGGGUUCUCAUCUCGGAAAUGUGGUGUGCUUGAAAAGCAGAGACAGGGAUGGUCGCCCUGUUUGUUACGUCACGUAUGGGGCUUUAAACAACAGAGAAUUUUACAGAAAAGCAUAUGGGUCAGAAGAGAGACGCAACGAGUUUGUAAGGUGGAGGGUGCAGCUCAUGGAGAGGUGUAUCCAGAAGAUGAGCUUCGAGAGUGGAGGUGUCAACUCUAUAUUGCAGAUUUCAGAUUUAAAUAACUCCCCACGCCAAAAUCUGAAGGAGCUUCGUGCUGUCAGAAAAAAAACUAUGAUUCUGCUUCAAGACAAUUACCCUGAGUUCCUUCACAAAAUUAUUAUUAUAAAUGUGCCAUUUUGGUACCGAGCAUCCCAUUUGGUGUUCUCCAGGUUCUUUAGUCAGAGCAUGAAGAGAAAAUUCGUGUUUGCCAAACCAUCAGAUGUUACAAAGACCCUUCUCAAGUUUAUUGCCCCAGAAAAUCUUCCUGUCCAAUAUGGUGGUCUCAUGAGAGAGAACGAUGCUGACUUCACUCCUGCAAAGAAGGCUUCAGAGCUCAUCGUCAGAGCAAAUUCAACUGGAUUUAUCGAGUUUCCAGUCACUGAGGCCGGGGUGACAAUGGUGUGGGACAUAACGGUGGUCGGAUGGGAUGUGUCGUUGAAGGAGCAGUUCAUUCCAAACGACGAAGGGUCGUACAAGAUUUUGAUCAAAAAUCAAAAGAAAAUGGGAGAGAGUGUUAGAAAUUCCUUCUAUAUUUGUGAAACUGGGAGAAUUAUAAUAACCGUUCACAACGAGACCUUCAAGAAGAAAAGGGUUCUUUAUAGAUCGAAAGCCAAACCCACCGUCCCCAUGUAUCGAUCUCCAUUGAACUCUUAGAUUCCAUCUAUUUUUUUUUU